GCUGCCGGAGUUGGGGGGGCCGGCUCGGGUCUCCACCUCUCUGUGUGGGUAGGAGCGGGGGUGUGCGGCCCUUAAGCUCCCCCCAGAAGGGCUUUCACGGGGAGGGGGCGCAGCGCUCUGGACGUGGUGCCCGCUGAGCGCCCCGCGUCCCGGGAAAUGCCCCCUUCCCGAGAAGCUGACGGCCAUGAUGCAAGUAUGGACAUAAUAGCCUAUGAUGAUUACUCCAGUCCACCGCUUCAGAGAUAUUGAAAGGAAACCUGAAUACCUCCAGCCAGAAAAGUGUGUUCCACCUCCUAGCCGUGCUUCCCUGGGAACAAUGUGGUUUAUUCGAGAUGGCUGUGGUAUUGCAUGUGCUGUCGUUACCUGGAUGCUGGUGUUCUAUGCCGACUUUGUAGUCCUUCUUGUCAUGCUAGUUCCAUCAAGAGAUUAUGUUUAUAGUGUCAUCAAUGGCACACUGUUCAACACCUUGGCUUUCCUCGCUUUGGCUUCACAUUUUCGUGCUAUGCUGACAGAUCCAGGUGCUGUACCCAAAGGUAAUGCCACAAAAGAGUUCAUCGAGAGUUUACAGCUAAAGCCAGGGCAGGUGGUUUACAAGUGCCCAAAGUGUUGUAGCAUCAAACCUGACAGAGCACAUCACUGCAGUGUUUGCAAGAGGUGUAUUCGGAAAAUGGACCAUCACUGCCCGUGGGUCAAUAACUGUGUAGGAGAGAAUAACCAGAAGUACUUUGUACUGUUUACAAUGUAUAUAGCACUGAUUUCCCUGCAUGCUCUAAUCAUGGUGGGAUUUCACUUCUUGUAUUGCUUUGAAGAAGACUGGACAAAAUGCAGUUCCUUCUCUCCACCAACUACAGUGAUUCUUCUCAUCCUCUUGUGUUUUGAGGCUCUCCUGUUUCUCAUCUUCACCUCGGUUAUGUUUGGGACCCAAGUACACUCCAUCUGCACUGAUGAAACGGGUAUUGAGCGUCUUAAAAAUCAGAAGCCAACCUGGGAGAAGAUCAGCGGCUGGGAAGGAAUGAAGCUGGCAUUCGGUGGUGCCUUCUCUUUGGGUUGGUUCAACCCUUUUUCGAACCUGAACUGCAAGAGCCCAGCGCCGGCCGAAGCGGCGGCAGCCGCUCCUGCGUCUGCAAUAAUGUCCCAAGAAGAAAUCGAGCAGUUUCUCGCUCGAGAUGUUGCCGUCCAAAUGUUACAGGAAUAAGCAAAGCAUCCUCCACAAUGUCAGGAGCAGCUUUCAGGUGUUUGGUUUUUUUGUUUUUUUUUUUAAGUAAUUACUUGCGCUGGAGAUUUGAGGGGUUGUUUUUUAACAUACUUUUGGUGCAUUGAGAAAAUCAGGAGUAUUUAUCUGGAAGCCAGGAACAGCACUAGCAGAAGCAAUGCAAAUCUCCAGAGAAAGCUUUGUAAGUGAUGAGAUCCGUAAGCUCCUUUCUGGACUUGCGUCAACUGCUUUACUGAGCUUUUCUUAUUUGUCCUUUAAGGAAAGUUUAUAACUGUCGGAUAGGUUGGUCCCAGCUCCCAGAAACGUGCAGUCCUAAGGAGUCUGGUUCAUCUUUUGUUUUUAGCCUUUUGGAGGGCUAAAUGAUAAAUCCUGUGCAAUGGCCAGAUUAGCCCAGCUCUAAAGGUUUCCUUGAAAAACACAUCCUUCUUGGCUCAUCCCAUGGAUGCUGCCUCUGGAUUAUGAAAGCUGCUGGUGCUCAGGUGUUAGCAGAGGGGGGGCACGGGGCUAUGGCCGUAGCAGAUGGGCGAGCUCACCCUGUCUGUAAUUCCUUUGAGCUCUGACUUAUCUCCAGGGGUAGAUUUUAACCCUCUGUGCUUGUGGGGCUGCCCAAGGCUGGCGCUGCUUGUCGGAGCCGGCGGGCUGUGGCCAGCACAGCCGGGAGCGGGCAAGUAUUGGCCGGGCUGUCGAGCUGCUGGUGGGGGGAGUCUUUGGCCCCGGGGCCGCGGUUCGCUGGCACGUAGGAGGUGUGGGGAGGGAGCUGCCUGGCCGAACUCUGCAGCCCAGAAAGCAGGCAGCUGGUCCAGGCCAGGCACCGGGGCUAUUUCUGCGGUCGAAGAAGAAGAGGGAGACGUGAGCAGCCUGCUGGUGGAGGUACUGGCUCUCUCCAUUUAACUUGUCUAAUUUAGAUGUCGCUCUUUUUUUUUUUUUUUUCUUGAUAAUUAGAAUUAGUUGAGAAUGAAUAUUGCCUCUUAAUCUCACUGGUGUUUAACGUUGUACUAUUAGUACUUGCCAUUAGGCAGAGUUUCCUAACACUAAUUUUGCAGCUAGCUCCUGGUAAACGUUGGUGAACCCACAGAGGGAAGAUGCAUCGCUCAAGGAAGGUGUCACUGCGGGUGGCAAUAGUUGCAGCAAAGUCUUGCAGAGGUGAUGCUAGCCGCUGCAUUCAGAUACGCUACAAACAUCUGGCAUGCUCUAGAUGUCAGUGUAGUUUUAAUUUAGGUUGGUUUUAAUUUUUUUUUUUUUUUCCUUCCUGUUGUCUCCCUUAGCUUAAUGGUCAGUAAAUUUUGCAGGAUAUUAGACACGUGCUCCUGGUUUUCCCCCACAGGACAUGCCUGAUUUUAUCUCCCCCUCCCCUGUAAUGCAGACCAAAGAUAAUUGCUUCCUCUCGAAAGUAAGAGAAAGGAGUUUUGAGGAUGAAAGCAUGGUAUUGUGAAAGACCUAUAUGAAGUUUUUACUAUUUAUAGAAGCAAUACCAAAUUAAAUUUGUACAUUUUUUUUUCUUUUUUCCCCCUAGAAAAGUAUCUUAAUAAGAAUUAAUUGUGUGACAUUCAGGGCUACUGGGGAAGGAUGGGAUUAUCUCUCGGACUUGUCCUCUGCCACAGCAGUCCCUUUUCCUGGCAAAGUGUCUGGGAACAAGUGGAAUGCCGUGACUGUUAGGAGCACAGCUUGGCUAAAACCCCAGGGGUAUUUCCAAACAGUCAUCCCAUCCCCUAACCCCUCUGGAUGUCUCCUCUUUUGUCAAUGAAAAAUAGAUUUAGAAAAAAUCAUUAGGAACUGUGUAUUUAUACAAACCUUUUUAGUAAAGGGAAACACCCUGCAUCUGGGGGGAAUUGAGGUGUCCUCUCGUGUCAUUUAGACAUGAGGUCUUGAAUGUCUUUCCCAGUGCAGCAGUGUGAUAGUGAGGGAAGGAGCUCUCCUCCUUCUGCACCAGCCUAUGUUCCUCUCUGUCAGCGUCCCACAGCAAAGGGACAUCAGGGGCAGACACAGAUCUGUAAAGGAUUUCCCUAUAGGGAGCAGUAGGGAUGUUGAAGUAGGAAAAGCAAGAGUACCCUUUUUAGCUCAUGUUUUCUAAUUUUGGCUUGCUGCUCGGCCUCUGCACCCAGUUCACAUCCCUGCCGCAGGUGCCGUGUCUGCAGUGGGAAUGGUGCUACAGCGUCCCACGGGGAGAAACCAGUUAACGGCUGAAAAUCACCUUGAGGCAGGCACAUGGGGGUCUCAGAUUGGGAGGGACCCCCUCGCACUGCGUUUUGGUGAUGCUCCUCAGGACGUGGACCCCUCUUACGUGGCUUCAGGUAGGCAUGGACGGAGGCAGCGCCUUUCCUCCUUCGCUCUCAAAGCUGGUUCACCUCGUCACGAGAAGAGGCAUCCUUCGCUUCUGUUUCCCACCUCCCGUGUUGUUCCUCAGGUGCUGGCAGUUCUAGGUUUGGUUUUUUGUUUUUUUUUUUUUUUUUUUUUUUUUAAUAGCUGAGAAGGAAAAGCAGUGUGAAGAGGAAGGUGAGAGUCGGAAUGGCCACCUCCCUCCCUCCCAUAGCGCGGUUACGGUCCGAGUGAGAGACGGGGACAUGUCCCUGUGCCUUACCCAGAGCCGUGGGCAGCCAGCCCAGCCCCGGCUCUGGUGCCCACCAAAGCCUGGUGGGAUGACUUCCUACAUCCAGCAAAUCAGUUCUGGUGUCUCUGGGCUGUCGGUCUCCCUCAUCCUCCUCUUCUCCCUCGCCCCCAACCAAGUCCCAGUACCCCUUGGUGCUCCUCUCUGUCUCGGUACAGUGUGGCAACUGCCAGAAAUUGCAAGAGUCUUCACAAGUUGGAAAACGGUUUUAGCCACAGCUCUAACAUAAACUUCCUUCUUUCAUGACUACCUGGUAGCUUGAGACCAAAUGUGAUUUUCAUGAAAUUGAAACCAAACCCACCGUUUUCCUUCCCUCCACGCACUCCUUGCCCCUUGUUAAAUUGUGCCUUUUGUCUUCAGGCCAUGCUGCUAUGGUCCCGGCUGGCUCGCCGGGCCCCAGGGAAGGUGCUCUUUGAGAGCACGCUUGUGGUGCCACAAACACGGGGGGGGGGCCAGGGAGGGUGCUCCCCCUACACUGCUCAGUGUGACAUGGUCUGCUAGAGAUCCCAGCCCUGCUCCGGCAUGGGGUGUCAAUACGUGAUGGACAGGGUCACGGCGGACGUGGAAAGCGUACUUAUACUUCGUAUCUGGUGUCUUCUACAGCAGAUUUUCUAUGCAAGUAAAGAAUACAGUUUUGUAAAUAUA